GCAGCCCUGCCUGUCAUGAGUCAUGAACGUCAUUGCCAUUGUGAUCUGAUUUCCCUACCGCGUGGUUGUCGCCAUUUUAAGAACCGCUCUUGUUAGGAUAAUUUCUGCUUGAGUUUUCUCGAGAAAAUAAAUAUAUUCAAGUGUAAGUGAGAAUGGUUUCUUCUAGGCAUCGUUCUCGGGACCGCGAUAGAGAUAGGGAUCGUGAUCGCGAUCGAGAUCGGGACAGAAGGCAUCGGUCUAGGGACAGGGAUCGGGAUAGAGAUCGGGAAAGGGACAGGGGAGACCGUGACAGAGGAGAACGAGAUAGAGGUGACCGCGAUAGAGGUGACCGGGACAGAGGAGAUCGGGAUCGGCAUAGGGAUCGAGAUAGAGAUAGAGGCAGGUCCAGAGACCGCUAUCGCGAUCGCAGUCGCAGCCGUACUCCUUCAAGGAAACGGGAGCCAACUCCUCCAGAAAUCGAUGGAGAAAAGCUUAUUCAAGAUACUUUGGCGACAUUAGCUGCUUCAAGAAACUAUGCCAACUUUCUGCAAGCCCAAGGAGAGAACUCUAAUCAUUCAACCGGUAGUCAGGAAUCCGAGAGUGCCGCGGAGAGAAGAAGAAAGAGACCGUCAAGAUGGGGUGGUAGUGAACAUGAAAAGAUUUUCAUUCCGGGAAUGCCUACAAUUUUGCCUCCUAAUUUGAACAAAGACCAAGAAUAUGCAUAUCUGUUGCAACUACAAAUUGAGGAAGUGAGCAGAAAACUACGUUCCGGCGACUUGGGAAUCUCUGCUAACCCGGAAGAAAGAUCACCGUCGCCCGAGCCUAUCUACAGCAGUGAUGGUAAAAGGUUGAACACGAGAGAGUUUAGGACGAGAAAACGCUUGGAGGAAGAUCGACAUAAUCUCGUUUUGAAGAUGCAAUCCAUAAAUCCAGAGUUCAAACCACCUGCUGAUUACAAGCCUCCAGUGAUCCGAGUGAGCGACAAAGUCAUGAUUCCACAAGAAGAGCAUCCGGAGAUAAAUUUCGUCGGACUUCUCAUUGGACCCAGGGGCAAUACGUUAAAGACUAUGGAAAAGGAGACGGGAGCUAAAAUUAUAAUUCGCGGUAAAGGCAGUGUUAAGGAAGGGAAAGUUGGUAGGAAAGAUGGUCAGCCUUUGCCAGGAGAAGACGAGCCCCUCCACGCUUAUAUCACGGCCACUAAUCCAGAAUGCGUCAAAAAGGCGGUCGAAAGGAUCAAAGAAGUUAUCAGACAAGGUGUGGAAGUACCCGAGAAUCAGAAUGAUUUAAGACGAAUGCAGUUAAGAGAGUUGGCACAACUGAACGGUACUCUGCGGGAAAAUGAUGGCAUGCGAUGCAGUAAUUGUGGGGCAACUGAUCAUAAGUCAUGGUUGUGUCCCGAUAAACCAAAUGUGACCAACAAUAUCGUGUGUUCGAGUUGUGGAGCAGCAGGCCAUAUAGCAAAAGAUUGUAGACAAAAGAGACCAGGACAAGGAGGCCCUCCGAUGGCAGGCGAUAGAGCUAAAAUUGAUGAAGAAUACAUGUCUUUGAUGGCUGAACUCGGUGAAGCACCGCCUCCUGCUCCACCCUAUGGUGAUAAUAUGCAGAAGCGUAGUUCUGCAUCUUUCAAUCUAUUUUCUCCACAAUCGGCCCCAAGACCUUUAAUGCCUCCUCCUGGUGUUCCUCCAAUGGCCCCACCAUGGGUUACUCCAUGGGGACCGACACCAUCGAUGAGUUCUGCAAUUCCACCGCCACCUCCUCCUCCAGGAGCUGUUAGCACUACCCCUCCACCACUUAUGUCUCAUUGGUCGGGACAACCUCCUCCACCUGGGGCUUCAAUGUCAUCUUGGCCUCCUGCAGCACCCCCACCGUUUUGGCCCACUGGAGCUAAUGCGAUACCGCCUCCACCACCAGGUAUAGAUGUUAGCAGUCUUUUAUCUGCUCCUCCGCCACCACCCCCUUCGAGCUAGAAAAUAGCAGUUUAAAGCAAUUAGCAAUUUAAAGCUUGCAUACCAGAAAUCAGCAUAUAGGUUUUGCUAAAAUGAGUGUUUGUUUGUAAGUCCUGAUGGUAAAUAUACAUACAUACCGUGCCAACUUGUCGACAUGAUUCAGUCACCUCGAUGAGUAAAAGGAACUUAAGAAAAAUCUAUUUGGAACCUUUACCUGAAAGUAUCAACGUUUGGAAUUGCUAUAAUUUUUUUAUGAAAACAGUUAAUGUAAACUUUAUUAAAGCAACUUAGAAAGAUUUAAAAUGAGCAUAUCGUUGCACCAUGGAACUCUAUAUACUGAGAAUGGGGUAUUGUCUUAUGACGCAAGGUUAAUAUACGUAAUCUUCAGAACAAAUAACGUAAAACUUAAUUUGCUCUAAUCGUUUUUAUAAAACAGAAGGUUACAUUGUUAUAAUUUCAAGUAACAGUAACUUUGAACCGAUUGGCUGAACUUGCAAGUUUUCAUUUACAGCGGAGACUUAUGCCGAUAUCGAAAACGAUAUGCUUUAGGGAAAAACGGAUAUGUAUUCAGGCAGAUAUUUGUUAAUAAACAUGUCAGCGAGGCAACGUCUUAGAUCUUA